AUGCACACGAGCCAAGCGUCGCCGCCAAUCCGGGCGGAAACAGCCGGGGGCGAUCCCGUAUCUGAGCAGACUCCUCUUCUGGCUGGUCAGCCCCAACCGCCGGCCGAUGAGGAGCCAAGUACCAAGCGAUUGCUUGUGGUUAUGUGCGGCAUCUGGGUAGGAGUCUUCCUGGCAGCGCUUGACAUCACCAUUGUUGCUACCCUGACGGGACCGAUAUCUUCGUCCUUUAACUCCCUGUCUUUGUUCUCCUGGCUAGCAACAGCUUAUUUGGUCUCCAAUGCAGCCUGUCAGCCGCUCUCUGGUCGUUUAACCGACAUAUUUGGUCGGAAAGCAGGGUUGAUCUUUUCCAAUUUGGUGUUCGCUGCUGGUAAUCUCAUCUGUGGCCUUGCGCAACAACAAUGGACCAUAAUCUUAGGACGGGUGGUUGCCGGUAUCGGCGGUGGUGGUCUAACAGCUAUUUCAACGUUUGUGGGAUCGGAUCUGAUUCCUCUAAGGAAGCGAGGAGUCUGGCAGGGUAUCGGUAAUAUCUGCUUCGGCGUCGGGAGCGGGUUAGGCGGCGUCUUUGGUGGUUGGAUCAAUGACACGCUGGGUUGGCGGUGGGCGUUCCUGAUUCAGAUACCAUUCAUUUUGGCGUCUGCGCUCUUGGCGGCUUUAACCGUUAAGAUUCCUCCGAAGGACACACAGAAGGGCAAGCUCAAGCGCGUUGAUUUCCUUGGGGCGAUAACGCUAGUUACCGCGCUCGUUUUGCUUCUUCUAGGCCUCAACACGGGAGGUAACCAACUACCAUGGACCCACCCUCUUGUCCUCACAAGCCUCCCACUCUCUGCUGUUGUCCUGGGCAUAUUCAUCUAUAUCGAAGCGAAUGUUGCGGCCGUGCCCGUGAUUCCAGUCCGCCUCCUUAUCGACCGCACAGUAUUGUCGGCAUGUCUCACGAACUGGUUUACUACGAUGAAUGUGUACGCACUUCUGUUCUACGUACCCGUACUAUUCCAGGUUCAAGGUCUUUCCACCACGGCCUCGGGAGCGAGGUUGAUACCUCAAGCUAUCGGCACAUCCAUUGGAUCACUGGGCUCCGGUGCGCUGAUGCGCCACAGUGGCCGCUACAAAGUUUACAGCCACGUCACUAUGUUGCUUCUGGUGGUUUCAUCGGCCUUGGUCUGUACCCUGAAGCCUGAUACGCCGACGGUCCUUCCCCUGCUUUACUUUUUGCUAGGGGGAAUCGCUUAUGGAAGCAUGCUCACCAUCACUCUGAUCGCCCUGAUCUCUGCGGUCGACCAUGAACACCAUGCCGUCAUUACCUCAGCGUCAUACGCGUUCCGUAGCACUGGCAGCUCGAUCGGUAUCACCAUUGGCUCUUCCGUCUUCCAGAACAUCCUCCGAAAUGGACUCUGGUCACGCUUUGGAGACCGCGAAAAUGCACAAGAGGUAAUCUCACGCCUUCUUAACAGCCUUCAAGAGAUCUGGAAGGUGCCCGCAGAUUGGAUACCUGGCGUUCUCGAUGCGUACAUGAACUCAUUGCGCGCUACAUUCAUCACCUUGCUUGGGCUUGCUGUCCUCGGGGCUUUGGUCAGCCUGGGCAUGCGAGAACAUAUCUUGCAUUCGAAUAUAGCGCGAAGGGAUGAGUAG